CAAAAACCGUCGAAUCAACUCGGAUUUUCCAGGGCUAGUUAACCCUGACACAUCACCGUAUGUUUUAGGGGCCAUCGAUGGACAGUCUAGUUCGACACCGGCUAGGAAAGAGCCCGCGCCGACACCCGGGUUGUUUCUAGGACGGCUUUGUGUGAAGGGAACGCCAUUGUUCGACAGGGCCGGGGACGGUUGUUGUCUGGACUACUACCCGACUACCGCGACAUUUCGGACGAUUCUCUCUUAUUUCCAGUCAGGUUUUCCACUCAGACGUGUCAAUGGGGGACGUGCUGCCUACCGGCUAACCACCGCGGUCGCCAAGCCUCAACACAACAAGGGUCAUUUCUCCAGGUACAUUAGAGUGUGGUGCUGUCUAUAAUUUCUGCCCGCAUUUUUUUGCUGAUUUUUCGCCCAAUAGGAGCGUUAGGAGUCGUUAUGCGAGUAAGAGCGGUAACUUAUUCAAACACACCCGGGAAAUUAUCUGGAUAAUGUGACAUCACGCGCUGACCCCGUAACCUCUAGAGUAGAAUGGCGCUAAAUUCAAACUGAUCCAAAGGGGUAUGGUUCUCACACUAUCGCUUUCUUCUCUAACAACCUGAGGAGCUUGCUUUGGAACUCUGAUUUUUCACUACUGUCACCAAUCACUCGAAUCAGUGCUUCUCCACUCAUUUCUGUGCAGUGCUAGGUGAUGACAAUGUUGGGGUAUGACUUCGAUGUAAGGGUUUUCCUGGACAACGCACGGGCGUGUAAGCCUCCUUACGAGUGCCCUACAUGCCGCAGAGUGUAUAAGAGCUUCUCUGGGAUUGAGUAUCACUUACUGAACUUUGAUCACAGCAACCCAGAAAGCAACCCCAGCACCCCAAUGAGGAAGGGAUCUCGGAAAAGCAGACACCACCGGUCGGGGCGGCGAUCCCCGUCGCCGGUAGACAUUCGCUCGCCUCAAAGAGAGACGUUGACAUACGAGCAGGCGCAGAGGCUGGUGGAGGUCGACUUGGACGGUCGGACUCAUCGUAUCGACAUUACAGAAUGCCUUGAAAUUGUGACAGAAGACGAAAUAGAGGAGGAAGUAGAGAACAAGGAAAUAGAACCAAAUGUCGACAACAAGAGCAAGACCCCCAUCAAGAACAACAAAAAGGAGGACAAACUGAAGAAGGAUGUGACGGGGGUGCAAGUGAACGUAGGAAAGUUGCCAGAACCUUCUUUCAAGCAACUCGAUGACUAUGUAGAACCCCCGGAUGUUCCUGCGCGUCCGAAGGCAUACUUCCGUUUCAUUGAGAAAUCUGUGGAAGAACUUGACGAGGAGGUUGAAUAUGACAUGGACGAAGAAGACUACGCCUGGCUAGAGAUGGUGAAUGACAAACGGAAAGGUGACAACAUGCCGGCCGUUUCGCAAGAGGUUUUCGAGACAUUGAUGGACCGGCUAGAAAAAGAAUCGUACUUUGAAAGCCAGAGUUCUGGGAAGGGCGAUCCUAGUUCGUACAUUGACGAGGACGCAGUGUGCAGUAUAUGCCAAGAUGGCGAGUGUCAGAACAGCAAUGUAAUACUAUUCUGUGACAUGUGUAAUCUCGCGGUUCACCAAGAAUGCUAUGGUGUUCCCUACAUUCCCGAGGGACAGUGGCUAUGUAGACGAUGCUUGCAGUCUCCGUCGCGAGCGGUAGACUGCGUGUUGUGUCCCAACAAAGGUGGUGCUUUCAAACAGACAGACGACGCACGGUGGGCCCACGUGGUCUGUGCGUUGUGGAUUCCGGAGGUCUGUUUCGCAAAUACGGUAUUCCUGGAGCCAAUAGACAGUAUAGACCACAUUCCUACUGCUCGGUGGAAACUGACUUGUUAUAUCUGCAAACAGCGGGGUGUCGGUGCGUGCAUCCAGUGCCACAAGGCGAACUGUUACACAGCAUUCCAUGUCACCUGUGCGCAGCACGCGGGACUCUACAUGAAAAUGGAACCUGUACGGGAGACGGGCGUGAAUGGAACGUCCAUUAGCGUACGCAAGACUGCAUAUUGUGACGUUCACACGCCGCAGGGAUGGGACCGCACGAGGCAUAUGAUGAGCGAGGAAGACGAAGAUGUCCCAAAGGGGAUGUCGGCAAAGAAAGCCAAGAAGUUCAAGGAGGAGAAGUCCAGGCAAAAGAUGAGGAAAGCUCGGAAGAUGCUUGCAGAGAAGAGGUCGGCUAUGCCGGUGGUGUCCGUGCCCUACAUACCAUCUAACAAUUCGUCUUCUCUCCCUACUGUCAGGGUUUCCAAGAUUGUGUCGAGAGUGUCGCUGCAACAGAAGCAGAAGUUCUUCCAGCGGCUGCACAGUUACUGGAUGCUGAAGCGACAGUCUAGGAAUGGGGUACCGCUGCUGAGGAGGCUUCAGGCCCAUCACCAAUCACAGAGGAACAAGGAAUGGAAGGAGGAGAGUGAGAAACACCGCGCCCUGAAGGAGCAGCUCCAAUACUGGCAACGUCUCAGGCACGACUUGGAACGGGCCAGGCUAUUGGUGGAGCUCAUUCGCAAGCGAGAGAAACUUAAACGGGAGCAGUCUAAUCUUGUUCAAACCUACCAGGUGAAAGUGAGUCAGCUGGCCAUGGAGAUGAGGCUCACGCCGUUCCUCUUCCUUCUGCGCCGCACCCUCGAACAGCUGGAGGAGAAGGAUGCUGGGAAGAUCUUCAGCGAGCCAGUUCCACUUGACGAGGUUCCCGACUAUCUGGAGUACAUUAAGGAGCCAAUGGACUUUGCCACCAUGAGGACAAAGGUCGAAGGGCACCAGUACCGCACCUUGGACGACUUUGAGAGGGACUUCGAGCUCAUCAUCAAAAACUGCAUGACGUACAAUGCCAAGGACACCAUCUUCUACCGGGCAGCCCUCAGAAUGAGAGACCAGGGAGGUGCGAUCAUCAGACAAGCAAGGCGACUGGCAGAGCGAGCGGGUUACGAUGCUGACUCUGGUAUGCACACAUCCGAGGCACCAAAGGUAGAGGAGGCGACCACGCUCAGGCUAGAGGAUGCCCCUCCUAAAGGCAGCAACAGAAAGAAGAAGAAGAACAGGACGACAGCUGCCGAACAUGUAUUGGAAUUGCACCAAGUUUCUGGGCUUAUCAUGGGAGGAGUGGACAACCUGUUGAUUCCAGAGAAUAGAGCAGACAUGACUUUGGAAGACCAGCUGAAAGAACUGCUGGAGAAACUGGACAUGACCACUACCAUCAAGCAUGGAGGAGCUCGGUCAAAAAGGGCCAAACAGCUGCGUCGAGAAAUCAACGUGAUCCGGAGAAAGCUGGCGCAACAGCGAGAACACCGUGAAGAAGAGGUGCCGGUUGAACCACCCUCGACUCCAAAGAGAAAGAAGGAUAAAGAGGACAAGAGCAACUCCGAUUCAAAAUCUAAAGAUGAUGCUGGCACUUCUAAUGGCAACUCCAACAAUGCAUCACCAACCAAAACCUCCAGGGGGCGCUCCAAGAGCAGAAAGAAGUCCAGGUCCAAGUCCAGUGAGAGCGAGGCGGCCCUCGUCCCCACCAGCCCAUCGGUGCAGGGAGGAGCUACCACUGACCCAAAGCCAGUAGCUACUCCCGAGCGACCCAAUGAGAGCAGCACACCCAGCACUCCCACCACCCCGUCCACCCCCGGCGUCGGCAGGCGAACCUCCGUACUCUUCAACAAGAAAGCCAAGUCCAAGCCAUUCCAGGACUCUGUCUCCCCCUCAAAGUCCCCAAAGUCUCCCGGGCACAAAAGGGGGCCCGGCAGACCCCCGGGAAGACCAGCCAAAAACAAGAAGCAGCAGAACGGGGAACACGCACUAGCUAGUAUACAGGAGGGUAGUGCCUUGCUGAACGCUGACCAGAACCAAGCCACGGACUUUAGCACGUUACGCAAGCGCGCCCGUAGCACCAGCAGCAGCAGUAACGACAGCGGCAGCCAGAGGAAAAGACCGCGGGUAAACUCCACGGACACUUUUGACGCGGAGACGGCGGUACCUACCAACAAGGAGAGUUUCACGGUGUACAGAACAGACACGAGCCGGCCGAGAAGUAGCUCCGAGUCGGAUUCCAGCUCCACCAGCGAAACCAGCGACACCAGCAGUAGUAAACAAAGCAAAACUGGGACUCAAGAAGGGACGGAAGAGAGCAGUGAGGAAUCGUCUGGUACGGAAGGGGAGGUUAUAGCUGAUCCCAACAAGAAGGGACCUGGAAGGGGAAAGGCCAAGUUGCUGAAUCGAACUUCAGCAAACCUUGAGGAUGAGUCGGACACGGAGGACGUCCCCAUUCAGCCGCUGGACUUGGUGUGGGCCAAGUGUCGAGGGUAUCCCUCUUACCCAGCUUUGGUGAGUGCCAAUAAUAUCAUUAACCCAAAGAUGCCAAGGACGGGUUACUUCCACAACGGGGUUCCUAUCCCGGUUCCUCCCAUGGAGGUGCUUAAGGGGCGGCCGCAGGUUCCGGAAAACGAGGAGCUUUACCUGGUUCUCUUCUUCGACAACAAGCGCACGUGGCAAUGGCUGCCCAGAGAAAAGCUUCACCCUCUGGGAGUGGACUCCAAGUUGGACCAUACCAAGAUGAACGAGGGGAGAAAGUCCUCCAUCCGAAAGUCGGUCGCAAUUGCAUUUGACAGAGCAAUGAACCACCGCCAGAGAGUAGAGGACGGCAUCAGGGAUUCAUCGAAUGAAUCAAGCGAUUCGGAAUAGCCUAGAAUAUGUAGUUUCACUGAAAUGGGGAAGGUUCUGUUUUGCUCAGAAAUGUUUUUCGUAAUUUUUAUAUAGUGUUUGAUUUUAUUGGAAAAGCAUCCCAAUGAUUCUGGAAAUAUUUAUUCAACAAUUUUCUAAAUCCUGUCUGCUUGAAAUGGUUUUAAAAACAAGUCAUGAUUUCCUCUCAAUACAGCCCAACUGUAGUAGUUACAUGUUUUUUUGUUUGUUUAAAGAUACCUGUUUGUUUUGUCAUAACAUGUCCUUUGUUAUUGUCAAGAAUUAUGUGUGCAUCUCUGAUAGAAAAUGAAUCAAAAGUAAUGCUUUUGACAAUCUGUAGUAGUUCUAAAAUUCACAAGGUGCGGCCAAUAGUCAUAAUAAAUAAUGAUUUUUUUUCCUAGUCCCAUGUCUUCUGAAAGAAUGCGAGGAACUCCAGAACGGAGGGUGAGAUCUCAGGGACUGUGGUGUACAUGUGUGAAUAGCCAGAUUUUAUCCUUCAAGAGAUCGCACUGUAUAAUAAACAAAAAAGAUUGGUGGGUUCUUCGGGUGUAAAGCAGAGAGGAUAGCGUAUGUUCGUCGGGAGGCCUGUUGCGGUUACGUUCACAGUGAGCUCACGUUUCAGAGCUUGUGGUACAAAUCCCUACAACUACCUGUAUGCGUAAUAGCAAAGUUUAUAAAGUAGUCAAUUUACAGUACAUUGUACCUCUGAUAGGUUAAAUGUUGAUCUCAAUUUGUAGGGAAAAAUACAAUGAUAGGCACUUGAUGUCUAUCACUUCUUGUGCUUGUGCUCUGAAACAUCAGCUUGCAUUGUAGUUUGUCGAGAAAACCAGUGCCCCAAAUUUUGUCUCUGCUCCUGUGUGAAAUGUUACCGUCACUGUAAAAAAAAUGAUAAUUUUUCACGUGGGGUUAUGGUGAUGCGUAGGCUUGAAGCUUGUAAAUGUUCGGCAGAGUAAUUAAAUCAAAGUAGCGACAGGCGACUUCGUAGUUCACCCGACUAGCCUCGCAAUGUUUGAUUUCCUGUAGUCCAAUGUAUUCACAUCGUUGCUCACUCUAACACUACAGAGGUCAUCGAGUAAGUGCUUUAGUUGUAAUGUAAGGUCAAGUAGCCACGGUUUUAAAAUUUAUGCUAUAUGGACCACCAAAAAUGACUAUUAAAUUGAGAUUGUACAGCUUA